GGUUGUUGUACGCGCAGGCUGGGACUAGCAGCAUGGCGGAAGAGGAGAGUGAUCAGGAAUCAGAGAGAUUGAGAGAGGAGCUGGAGAGUUCAUUGGAGGUUGCGGUUAGGUUAGACGUGGAACUACGGGCUGUCGAAUAUUGUUCCAGGUUCUGUCAGGUUGUUGAAGAAUAUGCAGGAAGGUGGCAAGUCCCUUUGCCCCAGCUCCAGGUGCUGCGGACUGCUCUGUGUUGCUUUACCAAGGGCAUUGCUUCCUUCCCAGCUGAAAGUGAGCAAAUACAAUAUGUCUUGAGUAGCCUAGCAUUGAGUUUUUUUGAACUUCUACUUUUCUUUGGAAAGGAUGAGUUCAUUGAGGAUCCUUUGAAGGAUAUUCUUGAAUCCUUUCAGGAAUGCCUCACUUUUUUAUCUAGAUACAAAAAUGUUUAUUUGAGGCUGGUGAAACAGGUAAUUAAAGAAGGAGGCCCAUGGGAAAACCCAGUACUUCAGGCAAUCUUGAGAGAAGAUUCUGAACCUAAGGAAUCAGUGGAUCAUUACUUAAGCUCUGAAAUUUCAGACUUCUUUGAGUUUCGAGUUCGAUACCUGCUUGCCUGUGAACGUAUCCAAGAAGCAGUAGCUCUCUCAAAGUCCUGCAUCCAACAUUCAGAAGUUGGCAAGAAUCUCUAUUUCCAGCAGGCCUACUUAACUUGCCUUUAUAAGGCAUCUUUAUAUGAUCAUCUCCAGACAGAGAUAGCUGGGAUAGAUGGGAAAGAUGCUGUUGAGAUCAUCUGUAAUACUGAAAGAGAAGAGAAGGAUGACCUUCUUUUGAAUUUGUGCAAAGUGUUCUUGUUGCAGCAGCUUCAGAAUGGGGACAUGUACUAUAUCUGGGAUCUCAUCUUUAUAUGGAGCAAGCUUCAGCUUCGUGGUAACUCCUCCAAACAAGAUUUUUUAGAAGAAUGUCAGCAGCUUUUACUGGCAGCAACGAAUGUCAAAAUAAUUUUCCCGUUCAUGAAGGUUAUUAAAACUGAGCUGGGCAUUGAAGGCUUACAGCUCUGUGUAGAACUGUGUGCAUAUGCUCUACAAAUGGACCUGUGUGGUGAUCCUACGACUAAAUCUCUUGUCUACAAAAUGAUUGCUUAUUUGUUGCCAAAUGAUUUGGAAGUAUGCAGAGCCUGUGCUCUCUCUGUGUUUUUCCUGGAGCGCACAAUAGAAUCCUACAACAUUGUUUAUUGUCUUUACAUUCAUCCAGAUCAAGAAUAUCAUGUUGACAUGAGCCUGAUCAGAAAUCACAUACGGUUUGAGUUGCUCCGGAUUAUAAAGAGAGGCCUAUAUUUUGAUCCAGAGUUUUGGAAUCUAAUUAUGCUACGGACAAACUGUCUUCCGUUAAUGGGGGAGAAAGCUAUUUUUGUUUCUUUUCAAGAAGAUGACGAGAAAAUAAUGAAUAAGUGUGCUGUUAAAAAACAUCUCAAGUAUCCGAAAGAACCUGUUAGAGAAAUAAGUGGUCCAUUACGACCACAGUCAAAAAAGAGACCCGCACGUUCCACCCAGAUCCAUAGUGUGCCAGUUGAAGUUCCAGCUAAAAGUCUUGGGAAUGGUACUUUGAAAUACCGUCUUCGAAAACAAGAUAAUAGCUGCCGUAGGCGUUCCCUCAGACAGCAUGAUAUGAUGCAAGAAGGUUCUCUCAAACAGCAUGAUGCAAUACAGAAACGUCCCCCAAGGCAAUCCUUUAGUGCAUCCUCUCGGUAUUGUAUAAGGAGGACAGACAAAACACCGGAGGAACCUCCCAAAAGAAGAGGAAGGAAGCCAUCCAUACUCCGCAUUCGCAGAAGGGGUAGACCUCCCAAAAAUUUAGCAAUCCAAGCAGAAAAGUUUGCUUGGACCAAACAACAAAAGGAAUCUUUAGAAAAGCCAGUUCUGCAUAUAGAACCUAAAACUCCAACAGCUUCUAUUUUGUCAACUGAGGUCUUUUCAGUAACCAAUAAUGAAGUAGUAGCCAUUAAUAUGUCAGUUCCCAGUAACAUACAGUUGGAUGGUUGUUUGGAAAAUGCAGCUCCAUCCAUUCAUACAUUGUCAAAUCAUCUUCAUCCAGUUUUAGGACAAUUGGGUACCGGAGGAUAUUCCGAAAGCACUGGGAGCAAGGCAGAAACUAUCACAGUACAGAUAGAAAAUGAAACUGAACAAAAUACGAUAGCAGACCCAAUACUAAAAACUAAUGAGUCUCAAGAGGUUUCUGUUAUGCAGCCUUUAGUAGGGAUAUCAGAGAUCUCUAUGCAGCCACUUGGGGAUGCUUCAGUAAUACCAUCUAAGCUAUCAGAUGAACAAUCUAAAGAGAAGCAGAUUUAUGUCGCUUGUCAAAGAGGAAACGAAUCUUCUCAGCAGAUGAAUGAUGCAGCCUGUGAUAGUUUAUCUAGGCAUUCAGACGGAGUAAUGAUAGAAGAUCUUCCCAUACAGUCAGCUGUGUCAACAGAAGUUAGCCCUCAGUCAAAUAUUAAGCAAACGCUUUUGGGAGAGACGGACAAGGAGGUAGCAGUACUCACCGUGGAAGCAAAUAUAGUGGGUGAUUGUAUCCAACAAACUAGUAAUACUGCGAAUAACUUUGUGAGUCCAUCUACUUCUGCACCUCAGACACAGAUACAUGAAGUAGAUAAGUCUGUUGUGUUACCUAUCAGUAUAAUCAACUCUGAAAAAGAUUCCUGUUCCGUUUGUUCAUCAAACAACCAUGCUUCAAAGCAUCGGUGCUUGUUGUGUAACCGAGAAUUUUUGGGUGGACACAUCAUGCGUCAUGCAAUGGGCCAUUUACAUAAAGGGACUUUCACUUGUGUGGUUUGUGGUAGAAAGAUAAAGCGGCAGACACUAAUGCUAAAGCAUCUUAAGGCCCAUGUUAAGAAAAUUAAACGACGGCAGCUUGCACAGCCAGGGGAAAUGGACAGUGGCUGUACUCCUGUUGAAAAUGGCACUUCUACAAACUGUGAACAUAAACCAUCUGCACCACAUCUCAAAAAUAAACAGAAAAUUCCCAAGCAGUCCGCUUCAGUUGAAAACCACAUAAACCAACACAAAACCAUUUCCCAAAGCCAAAAUGACAAUCCUGACAGUUCUGUAAGUGGUUCAGAUAAACUUACAGAUUCCAUGGGGACUCCUAGACCUAAUGGAUCUAUUCUUAAGAAGAAAAAAGGUGAGGGGCAGGAAGAAAGAUUUGAAUGCCCUGCCCAGGAUUGUGGAAAAUCUUUCAACCGGAAGUGGGCUCUUAAAAAGCAUAUAAGAAAAGUACAUCAACAUGAUGUUAAGGCACAUGAGUAUAUUAUGAAGUGGUCCAAGGGAAAGUGCCAGUACUGCCAAAGAAAAUUUAUUCACCCUCAGCACUACUUAGAUCACCUUAAUAGGCAUGGUAAUGACAAAAAGUACUUCUGCCUCCAGAUGAAUUGCAUAGAAAGAUUUAAGACGGCUAUAGACCUUAGCAAUCACCUAAAAGUCCAUGCAGAAUUCCAGUUACAGUGUGCUUUUGCGGAGUGCAAAAUGACAUUUUCUGAUUGUUCUGCGCUUCAUGAACAUGAGUGUAAACAUUAUCCUGCUCUACCUGUAGAAGAAAGGUUGGUAAUAAAUGUGAACUCAUGUACACUUAGCUCUGCAGUUGUCAGAGAUCAAGGACAAAUUCCAAGUAGCUGUAACAAAACUGUGGCUGUGGAGGAACCACCUUUACCUAACUGGAAGCUUCGAAUGGAGUCUGUGGAGCCAAAGACAUAUUUGCAAAAUCUAGCCUCAAAGCAUAAUGUACCCACAAAUGGAGACGAUGAUGAGAACAUUGAGCAAAACCAGAAAAGUUUAGUUAUGCGCAUUUCCUCAGCAGAACCGCUUUUGAACGGUCAUAGAGAAGAACACAACACUUCACCAGCUUUUUCUAAUCUCGGGGAAAAUAAAACCGGCAAAAAUGAAAAAGAGCCUGAUGUAGAUCUAGGAGAAGUGGAAAGCACUAUAAAAGUAUACAAAUCCACAGAAAACAUACAUGAUUUGGGCACCACAGAAGUGAAUACUGAAAGAACAAACCUUUCAUCCAUAUCCCCCGAAAAUAUAGCUGACACUGCACAAAAUGACACUGGCAAUUCCACGGUAAAGGAUUCUUCUUUGUCAAAACCACCUCUCAGAAAAGUCACUACAGAAGAAGCAAUUCCUUAUGGUUGUAUCUCCAAGAAGCCAUUUGUUAGGCCUCCACCCUCCAGCUACCUUGAUGAACAAUUUAUUAGCAUGCCCAAGCGGAGGAAAACCUCUUCGCAAAAAGUAGACUCUACUGCUAGUGUGCAGGCAAGUGCUGAGAGCCACAACACUCAGAGGCACAGGUGCAGCAAAUGCUUUACUGUUUUUAAUGACUUGGAAGCACUGGACAGUCAUCUUGCACAAAAGAAAUGUCAGAGUCUGUUCGGCUUUGAUUCAGAUGAAGAAAGUGCCUGGUAAAGUAAAAGGGUAGGUGAUUCCCUUUUCCAAGCUGAGCCCAGUCUGAAGGAGGCAGCACACGAGCAUCAACUGGCUUAAGUUUAGUCUUGUGCAAAAGGCUACCUCACUGCAGGUGUCAGCAUUCUAGUGUGAAAACAGGAGCACUUUUUAAAAUUUAACAUCUUGGUCCAGUAAGCAAGAAGACUUGAAAGUAUUGCAUUUGUACCAGACUAAUACUUUAUUUUAUUUUUAAAUGGCAAAAACCAUAGAAACAAUCUACCAUGCCUCAAAGAGGUGGAAACUUUUUCAUCAAGGACAGCUCCUGGAGAAGUGUGCCGCAUUUGUGAUAACAGAAAAUAAAGCAGAUUUUUGCAGCCGUAAGGAAUCUAAGCCCAAAACAUACCGAGUACAAUUAUGAAUGAGGGGACCAUGCCCACCCAGUAAGCCGUUUAACCCUACCUGAGAAGUGUUCAGUACCUUUUUGAAGUGCCUGAACCCAGCUGACCCAGUUCUUUGUUUUAAUUUUUUCUUUUUUGUUAAUUGGUUUCAAAUUAUAUUCAGGGCUGAAUUUUUUUGGUUAAUGUUUGAGUUGUGAUUGCCUUGUAAAUAGUGAAGACCUCUGAAACUCUCCAGCCACAGACGUGUGGAUUGCUAGGGUUAAAUUAAUACUGCAGUAUUAUCUUUGCCUCUAGUCCUUGCACUGUGUUUUUCCUAAGUCAAUCCUGAAUGAUAAGAGCUAGUAUUGUAGCUGUAGUCAUGUUUUUCAAACUCUUCUCACACCUGGGUAUAAUUCAUGAUUUAUAUUCUCCAUUCUGCUUCCUUGAUCUUUUAUCAUCGAUCAUUUUUUAAUGCCAUGACUUUAAACAACAGUGGCAUUCACAAAAUGCCUACACCUGGAUUCUGUGCAACAACAUAAGAAAAGUUAUUCACGGACAAAAGUGUAAAAUGAAACACCGUAAAAGUAUUAUCAGGUCUCCAUCAAAUUUGGUAUGCAAAUGAUCAUAAGUUUAGCGCACCAUCUUGGCUGAUAAAGUUGUGGCAUUAAGUAUGUUGGCACAUUCUGCCAGUUCAUAUGGAAAGCAAGUCUCUAAUUUGAAGUUGAGUGUGAAGUACUGACAUUCUUUUUCUGAGCAAGUCAUGAGCUGUGUUUUAAUAAUAAUAAUAAUUCUUCGCAUUUAUAUAGCGCUUUUC